ACGUGUCACUUAGACAAUUUUAGUGAUUGUUAAAUGAAUCUUUUAUUAAAGCAUGACCACGUUUAAAAAAUGGGUGUAUUUUUUUUUGUUCAAUCUCAUUUCUAAUGCACUUCGUUUUAUGCAAUGCCAUAAAACCAAUUGGGCUGUACUGGUCUCCACAAGCCGAUUUUACACAAAUUACCGUCAUACUGCCAAUGUUCUAGCUGUGUAUCAAGGUAUACGCCGGCUAGGAAUACCCAAUAGCCAUAUCAUUUUAAUGCUAGCCGAUGGUGUGGCUUGUGACCCGCGGAAUCCUUCCCCUGGUGUUAUUUAUUCUUGCUCGCCAGGCCAGAACGCGUACUUGGACGAUAUUGAAAUCGAUUACAAGGGUUUAGAAGUGACUGAAGAAUCAUUUCGUCGCGUUCUUACAGGAAGGCAUUCUUCUUUCACACCACAAAGCAAACGACUUCUUUCCGAUUCGAAUUCCAAUGUGUUGAUUUAUCUUACAGGUCAUAGUGGUGAAGCAUUUGUAAAGUUUCACGACUUUGAGGAACUCACGUCGACAUUACUAGCUCACACUAUUGAGCAUAUGUAUCAAAUGCGUCGUUAUAAAAAUUUGCUUUUCAUCGCUGAUACGUGCCAAGCAGAAACCAUUCUUUCAGACAUUUACAGCCCUAAUGUUAUUGCCAUAGGUUCAAGUCGACGGGGUGAAAAUUCCUAUUCCCACGGUAUCAAUUUAACUUUUGGAUCCUUCACUAUUGAUAGGUUCACAUAUUAUCUUGGCCUUUUUUUAAAGAAAUUAAACCCUACAGACUUCAACACAUCUCUUCAUGACUUUCUUGUAACAUUAUCUCCAGACAAACUCGAUUCUAAUUAUAGUACGUACGUCACUUCACCCGCUUCCACUAAUUUCACUACCAUACCAAUGACGGACUUUUUCGGUAUGACCGGCGUUUUAAAGCUUUUUUUUCUCACUCUUACGGAGCCACCCGAUCCUCGAUUUCCUCUAGCGAAACUCUACGACGCGUAGCUUUCGCUAACCAUGCUACGUACAGUCUUCACCUUUGCACUUUUUUUUUACAGAGCCAGUCAAUUGGUUCUUAUCAUGGUCAUUCGUAAAGCGAACUCCGUUUAAUGAAGGAGGUUUCCACCUGUUGGUCCCUUUCACGCACACCUAGUGAACUUUUCAAACUUGCGUGGCAUAUUAAGCUACAUUUUUUGGGGUCUUAAAUUUUCUUUCUUGUUUCCUUUUUAAUAAGAGUAUGUUUCAACAAGGCUUUUUUGGGGGCAAACAUGAAAUUGUACUUUAAACGUUAAGAAUGGGUCACCAAAACA